UUUCUCAACGACUUGUCCGCGCCUGCAUCGGUAUCAUGCACACUGCAGGCCGGCUUGCAGAUACAGGUAAUGGCGGGCACAGAAGUGAUAGAUCAUAACGCCACGUCUUUGAGUCUGGUAGUAUGAGACGAAUGCUAACCGAGAGGGAGGAACUUGUAUGUGCGAGUCUAAUCCCCUUCGUCUCUGGCAUCCGCUCGCAGCAUCGCAACCGCUACCUUUUUUCUCUCUCUCGUUUUCUCAACUUCUUCUUGCACGCCUUCAUCUCUGUCUUUGCAGCAUUACAUUUCCAUUUGGCCCAGCAACACCGGGAAGCAAUCCUAUCUCCUGCCACUCGCAGCAAGGCCCCUUGGACUUUCCCAUAAGCAGCUUGUCCGGUACCAUGACUAAGCGAAAGGCCAGCAAAGAAGCUGCGAAGCAUUCACCAGCAGCGAGUGAAGAGAGCGUGAGCGGCAAGGACACUGCAAAGCGUCGACGUGAAGCCAGUAUGGAGCGCACCUGCAAGCCAAGAGCAAUCAGUGCCGUCUCCACGAAGGACGCCAAUGUUCUCCAAGAUCUCCUUCGUUCAGUUGGACGCCUUUGCACGGCACACGAAAUCACCUUGACCGAAGAGCUGGAGAACGUUGUCGUACAGAGCCUUGUGAACGAUCAUGCGGCCGGCACCGAGUUUCCCGAAUACCUCCCUGCCCUUGUCGACAGUCUCAAGGCCUGGAUUUCACAGCAUGUUCCAAGUGUCACGAAUGAUCCAUUGACAGCCACGAAGACGGAAGGUCCGUGCCAGCCUAGCGUACCGUUCGGUGGCAGCGAGCACACUCAACUUGCUGCACGGACGCAGUCUGCAUCUGGACCGAGUAGUGUCCAGUGCAGCGUCUCGCAAAGCUUCAGUAGCAGCUCCGCUUACCCUAUUCUUGAGAUUCCGUUCACGUACAACACACCAUACCCAGCCAUCGAGCAGCGCCAUGAUGGCCCCUCGACCAUCCCGUCCGUAGCAGCAAACGGAAGCAGCUCAAUCACUGCCAAGCCCUCUGACCAGCCCUCGGCAUCCCAAACGACGGGUUCUGUCAACGUGUUCACGCCAUUGCUGAGCCCGUCUCUCUGGCUUGAUCCGCUCUGUCCUAUUUGGGAGUCACCUUGUCAUGGCAGUCGCGAAGUAAACGGGCUGCCACCGACCGGCGCGCUGCCGGCCAUGGACCGGAAGGAUUCCUGCGCAAUGCUACUCGACACCACUCAGACAAACAACACCGCUCAGACAAACAACACCGCUCACAUGUUCGACGCCGCUUACACGCCCAACGCCGCUGACACGUCCCACGCCGCUCACAGCCUGCAUGCCGCUUACACGCCCGACGCCGCUCACACACCCGACGCCGCUUACACGCUCGACACCGCUCACACGCUCGACAGCGCUCAGAUUCUGGAAACCGCUCACAUGUUCGACGCCGCUCAAACGCCUGACACCGCUCAGGUUCUAGACACCGCUCAGGUUCUGUCAGACUGCAUCAAGGGACCGUAUCAGCAGAGCAGCGAGCAUGACAAUAUAGAGCUGCACACCCAGCAUGCGACUGCGACAGUGCAUCCAAACGAGCCGAGUGAGCAGUAUGGCCAUUGGCAGGCGCUGUCUCUACCGUACAGCUGGCGAGGGACAGAUGAACCUUUCUUACCCUGUGCUUAUGCGUCUUCGCCGAAUACUCCUGCCAUGUAUGAACUUCCGCUGCCACCAUGCACUUCUCCUGGAGGCCCUUUGCUGCUGUCGGCCGAAGAAGCCCAGGCGUACCGCCAGCACACCAGACCGCUUUACCUCUCCCGGGUGCAGUCUGCGCCUGAACUCACACCGCGCGUGCCACUACAGAUGCCGAUCAGCAGCCACGCGGUCCCCACCCAGCAUCCUCUGUAUUUCAAUUUGGUCGGACAGCCUGUGGUUCCCGGGCUGGAGCUCAACCCUUCCUCUGGUCCGGUGACGUCAAGCUUCUAGCACACUGGCUAUUUUGUCCACCGACAGUCGGCCUUGCCACAAACAGACCUUCUACUUCGCCGCCGGCGGCCCCAACUUCUCACGGUCAAUGAUAGACAGCGAGGGGGUGCCGAGUUCUCGGACAAGUUCCAUCUGCCAAGGAUAUAGCAUUACUCCCGGUCAGCGAGCAUCGAAGACUGAGGGCGCACUGCAGAGACUGUGUACCAUUUCGAUAUCGCGAAGCAUUU